AUCGCAUAGCAACGUAACGCGCUGGCGAGUGGUGGUCUAGGAUAAAUCUCGGAUAAAUUAUCUAAAUUAACAUGGCUACAACUCGAAUAACUACACAGUUACCACCAAACAUAGAUGUCACAAAAGCACCUCUAGCUUACGGGGACAGGGCUCUCCCCAAAUUGAAUCGUGAGCUGAAGGACCCAGAACUCAUCACAAGACAAAGAGCUCUAAUGACGUUAUGUGACUAUCUUCAUGAUCCAGAACACAUUGCAGAUGCACUACUUAAAGUUGGUGUAGCUGAAAGCCUUAAAGCUCUUUUGAGUGAUCCAGAUGGAACUGUUAGGCAUAAAGCAACAGAGGCAUUAUACAUCAUAUCAGGUCACAAUAUUGGAAGGGAUGCCUUCAUUGACUUCAGUAUCAUCUUCCCGCUCUCCAAGCUGUUUGAUGAUGAGCUUGACAUCGUGAGACGGAACGCCCACAUGGCCAUGGAGAUGCUAACAGAGUUCCACCCCGGAGCCGAGGGGGUGGUAGAAACCCAUCUUAUCCCAAUCCUGGUGGACAAACUCAAGGUUGAAGUGGAUGAAAUCAAGGAAUAUAUUUUGGACACCCUUCAUUUCUGUAUGAGACUAGAUCAGGUCCAGGCACUGAUUGCUGGAGCAAUGGAGGUCUUCACUGAACUUCUCCUCCAUGAAUCACCUAUCAUCAGAGCAAAGGCUGCAAGGGAUGUCAUGGACCUGAGUGUUCCUCUUGAUGGUAAGAGGAAGGCGUGUGAGUGUAACAGCCUGCCCUCUCUUGUCACUCUCCUCUCCGACGAAGAUCCUGAUGUCAGAUCCAAGGCUGCUGGGGCCAUCAUGACAAUCACAAUCACUACCCAAGGCAAAUACACUGCCAUCAAGGCUGGAGCCAUACCUGAGCUCGUUAAGCUAGUGGAUGAUGAGAGUAGUGAGGUACGACUCAACGCCAUCACUGCUAUCACCACCCUGUCAGAGGCACCAGAGGGACGAAAAGAAGUGCUGGAGAACGUAGACAGGAUAAGAAAGAGAACAGAAGACGAGUCUGCAGCUGUAGUGAAAGCAGCAGAGAUAGCCGUCAAAGUCAUUACAUGGAAACCAUGAAGAAGAAGGAAGAACCUUGGCACCCCCAAAAAACAGCUAAUUCGUACUCUUGUUUUAAUAUUUAAUCAUAUUAGAUUCAAUGUUUUAAUUGAGAUAUUGAGGGGAAAAUGCACAAAUACUCAAAGUCUUCAUGUUUCUAAUCAGAUUAAUAUCUAUCAAUUCUUUGCCACCAAGUUUUGUGAUAGUAAAUGAACUUUCAUGAGUAAAAUUCACUUUAUAUAACACUCUGUUUCUUCGAUAAAUUUG